UUUGCAGAGAGCUACUACUCUGGCUGAGAAUUUUGGUCUGUUAAAGCCAUUUAAAAGGGGAAACAAUUCCAGGAGAUCACCACAUACAUCACCUUGUAAAUCAUUGCAGAAUUCACCACAUAAUAGUCCUGGCCGGAGUAAAAAUAAAGGCCAAGGGAAGGACUAUGCUGGAAGUAAUAAUAGUACUGUUGUGAAAUGUUAUUUUUGUGGUGAGGUUGGACAUAUUCGCAGAAAUUGUCCUGAACGGCUUAAAAACAAAGAAAAGACAGGGAGUGUAGCUUGUUCUCUCCCGAGAAUGUGUAGGUAUGGUAAAGAAAAGUCUCCUCUGGUUAGAGAGGAAUUUAAACCUUUCUGUUUUAAAGGAAAACUUUGUGUUCCAGAUGCAAGUUCCAAUGGAAUCUCUGUCAGGAUAGUACGAGAUACGGGUUCGUCGCACAGCUUGGUGGUCAGAGAUGCAGUUCCUGGGAUAGAGAAUUGUAUGACUCAAGAUAGUGUAAUUCUGAAGAGCAUUGGUGGACUGACUACAGUACCCAGAGCAAAGUUGCAUGUGGAUUGUAAUUUGUUUACAGGGAAUACUGUUGUAGGAGUUGUUGAUUCAUUACCUAUACCUAACAUUGAUUUUCUAUUAGGAAAUGAUAUCGCUGGUGCCAGAGUGAUUCCAGAUCCUGUUGUUGUGGAUACUCCUCUGAUUGAAAAUCCAGUGAAGGACCUAGAAGAGAAAGCCAUGUUUCAGUCAUGUGUCGUUGAACACAGCCUGAGGACUUUGGAUACUGCAAAGAAUUUGAUUUGUACGGAUGCUGUUCAUGCUGAUGUCGCAGUAGGUGAUGUAGUAGAGGAGCUAGAGCAGAGAAACUGUCCUCUGAUAGAAGACAAGGUAGAUAAAGUCAACAAUGAAAAUGACUGUAAGCCAGACAACGCUAUUGUGGAGGUUUGUGAAUCUUCUUUACUAGAGUGUAAUAUUUUGGAUUCAGAGUUUCAUAAUCUGUUUGAAAUGAAGGACUUUGAUAUUAGAGAUGCUCAAGCUAAUGAUCAUUCUUUACAACAAAUGUUUAAUGAAGCUGUUUCAGAGAGUGAAAUCGCUACGGAAGCGACUUGCUAUUAUUUAAAGACAGGAAUACUGAUGAGAAAGUACAGAGCUCUUUCUACUCCUGCUAAUACUUCAUGGGACGUGAAGUACCAAUUAGUUGUACCUUUAGGAUUGAGAGAAGAAAUAAUCCGGAUUGCCCAUGUGAAUACAUCUGCCCAUCUUGGAGUGAAGAAGACCACACUCAAUAUUCUGCAAUAUUUUUAUUGGCCUGGAAUAAGAGAAGAUGUAAAGAAAUUUUGUAAAGUAUGUGAUACUUGUCAAAAGUAUAUCAUCCUCAAAGUCAAGGUUGUCUUGAAAGAUUUCACCAGACGCUAAAAGCAGGAUUGACUAAGUUUUGUGAAGAAACUGGCAAAGACUGGGAGGAAGGAUUGCCGUUUGUUUUAUAUGCUGUGAGGAAUGCUCAUCAGGAAAGUCUUGGAUCCUCUCCCGCCGAAUUACUUUAUGGAAGACAAAUUAGAGGACCACUUAAAGUAUUAUAAGACACUUGGUUAGACUAUAGUGAAGGUGUCAGUUUGGGAGAAUAUGCAACUAAGUUAAGAGAAAAACUUGAGUAUUCACGUAAGUUCGCCCAUCAACAUUUGCUUAAAGCUCAGCAUUCUAUGA